AUGGAGCCACAGAAUCUAACAAAUGUCUCUGAAUUCCUCCUUCUGGGCCUUUCUGAUGAUCCAGAACUGCAACCCUUUCUCUUUGGAUUAUUCCUGUCCAUGUACCUGAUCGCAGUGACUGGGAACUUGCUCAUCAUCCUAGCUGUUAGCUCUGACCCACACCUCCACACCCCCAUGUACUUCUUCCUCUCCAAUCUAUCCCUAGCUGACUUUGGUUUCAUCUCCACCACAGUCCCAAACAUGCUGGUCAACAUCCAGUCACAGAGUAAAACCAUCACCUAUAAGGGCUGCUUGACACAAGUGUCGUUUUUUUAUCUCUUUGGAUGCCUGGACAAUAUUCUCUUGACUGUGAUGGCUUAUGACAGGUUUGUGGCCAUUUGUCACCCCCUGCACUACACAACCAUCAUGAACCCCUGCCUCUGUGGAUUGCUAAUUUUUCUAUCAUAUUGCAUCAGCCUUUUGGACUCCCAGUUGAACGUUUCAACGUUAUCAGAGCUUACCUUUUGUACAACUGUAGAAAUCCCUCAUUUCUUCUGUGACCCUCCUCAAGUCAUUAACCUGGCUUGUUCUGACACCUCUACCAGUACCAUAUUAGUAUAUUGUAUUGCGGCCAUCUUUGGUGGCAUUCCAGUCUCAGGGACUAUUUUCUCCUACACUCAAAUUGUUUCCUCCAUUCUGAGAAUUUCAUCUUCAGGUGGAAAGUUUAAAGCCUUUUCUACCUGUGGCUCUCACUUGUCAGUUGUUUUCUUAUUUUAUGGAACAGGAUUCGGAGUGUACCUCAGUUCAGUUGUCACAUCUUCUUCCAGAAUGAAUGCAGUGGCCUCUGUAAUGUACACCAUUGUCACUCCCAUGCUGAACCCCUUCAUCUACAGCCUGAGGAACAGGGACAUAAAGACAGCCCUACAGAGGCUCCUCAGCAGAGCAGCCUAA